AUGUCUGUAGCCGCGAACGCCCUUGACCCAGCAGUUUAUGCAUUUGCCAACUCAGGGCCACCUUCAACCAGGAGAUGGGCACUGGAGGAGGGUGCGCUGAUCGUUCAUCUCCGCAGCAUGGGAAUGUACUGGAGCAAUAUCGCUAAACACCUUCCCGGCCGCAGCACGAAUAGCUGUUCUGAAAGGCAUCAGAAGCUAGAGACACUCGAACGUAUUGCCACGAAUGCCCCCGGUCCAGAACAACAUCUCAGCUCAGAGCCAGAAGUCCCAUGGAAACCAGAAGAGGACGCUUUGAUCAUUCAGCUUCGCAAUAGCGGAACGACCUGGGGCGAUAUUGGCGAACACAUGGCCGGCCGCAGCGGGAUGAGUUGCAAAUUGAGGUAUCAUAACUACUUAAGGCCGGAGCCGCAAGAUCACGCUGCUGCCAACGCAGCCCGGCAGAGUCAGCAACCACCCGGUCAGUCCAGCACCCAACAAAUUGAGGCUGCAAGCUCCGAUCCGCAAUUCGGUACACUGCCAUCAGUAGCAGGCAGACAGCAUGCCCACGUACAGUCAAAGCUACAGCUGCCUCCAGUACUUGGUGCGAAACACCCUGACACCCGCCAACUACCGCCAUUGUCCUCUGUUACAAGUCAACAUGGCCAGUUGCCCUCUCUUUCUCCAGCGCACGCCUAUGGCCCUACGGCAGCCAGCAGCUCGCUCCCAGGCUCAAGCAGUGCGGCGACUCUGGCAAGUGGACUUAAUCCACCGCAGUAUGGUGAGUCUCCAGUCAAAGGCCAGCAAGGACCAAGCUCUUCCCGGACCACCAAGAAGCCUCACCAGUCCAAUAGUCGGAAGUGA